GACUUCUUGCAGUCUGAGGGCUAUGUAAACCCCUCUUUGUGGACAGAGAAGCUGUUGGAAGAGAUAAUGACUCUCAUGGAUAGCCUGUCAGUGUGGUACCCAACUGGGCUUGAAUCAGAGACUCUUUCCCAAGUAGAGUUCCGUCUUCUGCUUGGCUUCAUUGCUCGGGAUAAUAUACAGGUAUGUGCUAUGGCCACAGCAAAGCUGAAUACUUUACUGCAGACCAAAGUGAUUGAGAACCAAGAAGAGGCUUGUUUUUUGCUGGGGAAACUGGAAGGGAUUCUCAGCAAAUCCAUCCGAGAAAAAUCAGAAACAUAUUCAUUCCUUGUUCCCAUUGCGAGGACUUUGGUGUCUAAAAUCUUUAAGUUGCUUUUCAUGGAUCACCAUCUACCUUCACUUCCAAUUACU